UUAUUAAUAAUUAUAGCAGUCAACUUAGAAAUAACGAGAUCUAGUGUCAAAGUUAGCAUAGCUUGUAUUAUGAGUAGUUUAAAUACAUCGAUAUUAUUUAUGAAAUACACCCAGACAUGGUAUUAAAUAGGCUAAAAUACUUAAAAAUAACACAGCUUUUCAUUUGUGAAAGAACCAUCAAAAUUGAUUGAGCAGUUCUCGAGAUUUCCCCAACAACAUAAACUCACCAAAUUAAUUAUUGAAACACAAAUACGCUUAAUUAUUGAACCAUAACUGGGCACAGACAUCGAGACAGUACGAACCAUAUUUUUUGUUAUUAUAUUUUAUUUUUUGAAAACCAAUUGUUGCUACGAGAUUUUAAAAGAAAAAAGAACAAAAUAGGAAUUCUUACAUUGCCACACAAGUUUUUCCACAAGACUGGUUUAAAAAGCGAAUCAAGUUUAACGACAUCGAUAAAAUAAAAAUGAUUUAAAGCAAUAAAUAAUAAAAUACAAAACAAACCGAAUUCGAUUUAUUUAUCAUUUUGGAAAAGUUUAAAAUGAGAUCUUGUAAAUAUUCUUUGAUUGGCCUGCAUCUCCUCCUAAUAAUAAACAUCGCAAACGCUUUCGUCCUCCUAACAGCAAACGUAGAGGACGUCAAAAAGCUAGCCAGAAAAUUCGUCUCGGAAUCUCUAGCGGAAAAAAUCGCCGACUUCAUAUCGAAAGCUACGCAGCAAAUAGCUAAUGGAUCAGAAGAGAAUGAUGAUGGAGAAGUUUCACAUCAAGUGUCUGAAGAAAAUAAUAUGUAUAAUAUAGGGAGGCAAGGGGAUAGUGCUCAGGAUAUUGUCAAGUCAAGAGAAGAUCCACAAGAAAAACAGGACGACGUUCGUUCAGAUAGUUACGAGACGACCACAGGAGCUGAUUUCGAUGAUGGCGAGAAAAAACGCGGCUUCCCAAAACUGGAAGGCUUAAGCAGAUACGCCCCUGUUGAACCAAACCCUGCAGCUAAGCAAUACGCUUACCCACUCCAAGAGAAGAAACAGAUCUCUAAAAUAAGCGAAGAAGACGAGAAAUACGAAAAAGAAAAUAAGGCUAAUAAGUUUAUAGAAGAUAAUUUCGUAUCCGUUGUCACUACCGAAGCGGAUUCGUAUGUAUCGCCGAUAAAACCACGAAAAUCUAAAACGAAAGGAAGACCUUAUAGACUACUUUCGCAUGUCAAUUCGAUGGAGGAAAAUGAGGUAUCGGAACCCCCGCAUCCAAAUGAUACUAUUGAUAAUAUUUUUGGGAGUAACCUUUUUCAAAAUCGAGCAGUUGAUCUGACUACUAGACGGGCAGUUUUUGAAUUUGACCAGUAUGAAAAUAAGAAUUAUCCAAAAUCGCAAUUUGUGGCUACAAGUGGUAACGUGGCGUUGCCUCCCGUUACUAAGACGACGACUGACAAAUGGUGGGAGAAAGAGAUGCCAGAUUUAAGUAAGAGGAGGGCUUGGCAUUGAAUAAAUAUGUUUUUUUUAUUAUUUGUGUUUCGUUUUUUAGAGUUUAUGACUUUGUCAAGUUCUUAAUUCUUAUGUAUUUUUUUCAUUUUUUGUUUUCUCAGGACUUGGCUGUGUGUACCAAUUUUCGUGAUUCAUUUGAAGUGAAAUGUUAUUUU